AUGAAUAGGUGCCCCUCUCUCCAAAUAAUCUCUCUUAUUGUUUCUCCUUUCCCCAAAUCCACCUCAUUCAAUUUGUACGAGUUUAGAUUUCCGAUUGUGUUCCCCUUCUCUUUCCCCUCCAUCCCAACUCGACCAUCCCUUAUCAAUUGUAGAUGA